AUGCGAACACCUAUGCCCCAUAUGAUUAUGCGUAUGACACACAUGCAAUCCACUUUUUCUCUCCAGUGCCCACCAGGCACGUGGGGAAAUAGUCUGCAAACAGGGCACAACAAAGUCGCGACGCGUCACCGCGAUUGGAUCACCAGAACUCACAACUCACCUUCGUCGAAGUACAUCAUGGCCGAUAACAAAAAGCAAGAGAAAGACUUCACCAAGGAGGUUGAUGCCCUUCUUCCAGAGGCGGAAGCAACGAUCAAGUCUGGCAAGCUACAAGACGGUCUCGACAAAUUAUUUACUCUUGAGAAGCAAACACGAAAUGCUGCCGAUCUUGCUUCAACCACUCGUUUGGUGAAAACAGCAAUUCAGCACUGCUAUGAUGCUCGAGACUACCCACUCCUUAAUUCCACCAUCUCCGUUUUGAGCAAGAAACAUGGUCAACUGAAGGCUGCUGUUCAAGCCAUUGUCGAAUCAACGAUCUCAUGGCUGCCUGAAGUCAAGGAACGCGAUGGUCUUGAACGAUGGCUAGAGCUUCUUGAAACUCUGCGUGGGGUUACAGAGGGAAAGAUCUUCUUAGAAACUCCCAGAGCGCGAGUGACUCUCCUUCUUUCGCAUUAUCACGAAGGUCUCUCUAUAUCCGGGAAAGCUAAAGAUCCCAAGGAGUCUCUGCAAACUGCGUCUGAACUACUUUCCGACCUGCAAGUAGAAACCUAUUCAUCCAUGGAGCGGAGAGAAAAGAUUGAAUUUAUUUUGGAGCAAAUGCGGCUUCUCGUUGCAGUUGCACGCCAGAAGGAUGCCGCCGUGGAGAAGAAGGAAGGCAAAGAGUCGCUAGGUGAUGGGGAGGCUGAAUGGGUUAAAGUGCGCGUUGGCGGUCGAAAGGUCAACGAGGAGUUCUUGAAGGAGAAGGACAACGAGGACCUGAAACUCAAGUACUACGACCUAAUGAUACAACACGCCCUCCAUCACGAUUCAUACCUUGACGUUGCGAAAUAUUACUACAAGGUCUGGGAGACUCCGUCAAUUAAGGAAGAUGUGGGCGACAAAGGGAAGGCGGCCCUUGAGCAUAUUGUCUAUUACAUUGUUCUUGCCCCUCAUACGAAUGAACAAUCGGAUAUGCUGCAUCAUCUUUAUGUUGACCCUGCACUCUUGAAAUUGGAGCUUCAUUAUAACCUGGUCAAAUGCUUCGUGACAAAAGAACUCAUGCGGUGGCCCGGAAUCGAGGCUAUUUAUGGUCAGGCCCUACGGAAAACACCCGUCUUCAGUUCACCUAAACGAUGGGAAGACCUGCAUACCCGUGUCAUCGAGCAUAAUAUUCGCGUUGUUGCUGAAUACUAUACACGCAUCACGAUACCUCGCCUCACCUCAUUGCUAGACCUUACGCCCAAGCAAACCGAACAGACACUAGCAAGACUCGUCGUUUCGGGCACAAUAUGGGCUAAAAUUGAUCGACCUGCUGGUAUCGUGAACUUUAGGAGCAAGCGCAGUGCAGAAGAUGUGAUGAAUGACUGGAGUUCUGACAUGCAGAAGCUGCUAGGGUUGGUUGAAAAGACAUGGAUGGGUAUGAAUGCUGCCCAAGCUGCACAGUCUCGCGUUAAAUCGUAG